UAACAUGAACAAUGAUGUAAUGAUAAAGUUUAACAUGUGGGGGCAGUAUUAUCCAUCACUGCUUCAAUUACAACUAAUAAACCCCGAAGAAGAAACGCGCAGAGCGCGCCUUGUUGAUGCUGUGGUUCCAGUUUGCCAGUUGUAGCCGCUGUUGACAUCCCAGCAGCCUGGACCAUGAGUGAAUUUAGGAUACACCAUGACGUCAAUGAGCUGCUCAGCUUGCUUCAUGUGCGGGGUGGUGAAGGAGCAGAGGGAUAUAUAGACCUGCUGCAGAAGCACAGGACCCCAUACGUCACCACAACAGUCUCUUCACACAGUGCGAAGGUUAAAAUAGCAGAAUUCUCUGAAACUCCAGAUGAUUUCUUGAGGAAGUAUGACGAGCUCAAAUCCAAAAAUGUCCGCAACUUGGACCCCCUGGUCUAUCUGCUGUCCAAACUCAGCGAGGACAAAGAGAUGCUUCAGUGCCUGCAGCAGAACGCCAAGGAGCGGUCAGAAUCCUCCGCCAAUACAACCUCCACCACCAGCUACACUCUCCCCUCCACCACCACCAAGAUGUCCAUGCAGGAGCUGGACGAGCUGCGCAAGAAGCUGGGCAACGUGACGGCCAUCUCCAACGCGCCCCAGUCUGCGGAGGUCACCAGGAAGAAUCUAAGGGAACGACACAACAAGAAGAACCCCACACAGCUCAACCCGGUGUUCCCCAACUGGGUGUACGAUCGGCCCGCUCUGAUCGGGGACUUCAUCACGGGCCCCUCCGGCCCUGGGGCCGAACCUGUCGUUCCUGUUGGUACCAUGCCCCUGUCGUCUCAGGAGCAGGCCCUGUUGGAGGACCUGCUGUUCGUGCUGAUCGGGGUGGACGGCCGGGACAUCACCGCCCAGCCCGUGCUGGGCAGACAGAACCGCUCCUUCAUCGUCAACCCCACCCUGGACAUGUCCAUCAAGGAGCUGGUCAACCGCAUCCUGCCAGUCGCCUCCUACUUCUCCACCAUCACCCGGUUCGUGGAGGAGAAGUCGUCCUUCGAGUACGGCCAGGUGAACCAUGCCCUGACGGCGGCCAUGAGGACCCUGAUGAAGGAGUACAUGAUACUGGUCACCCAGCUGGAGCACCUCCACCGCCAGGGCCUGCUUUCCCUGCAGAAGCUCUGGUUCUACAUCCAGCCCCCCAUGAGGACCAUGGAGAUACUGGCCUCCAUCGCGUCCUCCGUGGACAAGGGCGACUGCAUGGGAGGCUCCACGCUCAGCCUCCUCCACGACCGCACCUUCAACUUCACGGGGGACAGCCAGGCCCAGGAGCUGUGCCUCUACCUGACCAAGGCGGCCAGCGUGCCCUACUUUGAGAUCCUGGAGAAGUGGAUCUACCGGGGUAUCAUCAACGACCCGUACAGUGAGUUCAUGGUGGAGGAGCACGAGCUGCAGAAGGAGAAGAUCCAGGAGGACUACAACGACAAGUACUGGGACCAACGCUACACCAUCAUACAGCACCGCAUCCCCUCCUUCCUGCAGAAGAUGGCCGACAAGAUCCUGAGCACAGGGAAAUACCUGAACGUGGUGCGGGAGUGUGGCCGCGACGUGACCUGCCCCGAGGCCAAGGAAGUGCUGUACACGCUGAAGGAGCGCGUCUACGUGGAGCAGAUCGAGAAGGCCUACAACUAUGCCAGCAAGGUCCUCCUCAACUUCCUGAUGGAGGAGAAGGAGCUGGUUUUGCGCCUCAGGUCCAUCAAGCACUACUUCCUAAUGGACAAAGGGGACUUCUUCGUCCACUUCAUGGACCUGACGGAGGAGGAGCUGAAGCGGCCGGUGGAUGACAUCGUGCCCUCCAGGCUGGAGGCCCUGCUGGAGCUGGCGCUGAGGAUGAGCACGGCCAACACGGACCCCUUCAAGGACGACCUCAAGAUCGAGCUGAUGCCCCACAACGUGAUCACCCAGCUGCUGCGGGUGCUGGCUAUCGAGACCAAGCAGGAGAAGGCGGUCAUCAACGCCGAGCCCACCGAGGCAGCCCACACCGGCCUGGAGGCCUUCUCCUUCGACUACAUCGUCAAAUGGCCGCUCUCGCUCAUCAUCAACAGGAAAGCCCUGACCAGAUACCAGAUGCUCUUCAGACACAUAUUUCACUGCAAACACGUGGAGAGGCUGCUGUGCAAUGUUUGGAUCACCAAUAAAGACGCUAAGCAGCAUUCGCUCCACUCUACUAAAUGGUUUGCGGCGGCGUUUGCGCUGCGCCAGCGCAUGCUGAACUUUGUGCAGAACAUCCAGUACUACAUGAUGUUCGAGGUGAUGGAGCCCACGUGGCACAUCAUGGAGAACAACCUGAAGUCUGCCUCCAACAUUGACGACGUGCUGUGCCACCACACCAGCUUCCUGGACAACUGCCUGAAGGACUGCAUGCUGACCAACCAGGAGCUGCUCAAGAUCUUCUCCAGGCUCAUGUCCGACUGCAUCGCGUUCACCAACCACAUGCAGUCCUUUUCCCAGAGCAUGAGCCUGGACCGCCUGUCCCUGGAGCACGCCGCCACCGACGGGAGCAGGGACCCCCUACUGAGGGCCGCCACUAAGUCCGCUGCGGAGCUGGCCGACGCCCUGAAGUCGGGCGGGGGCUUUGAGGCCGCCAUCGGACGCUUCGACAGCAAUUUCAGCUCCAUGCUGCUGGACCUGCUGGACAAGCUGAGCAUCUACAGCACCAACGACUGCGAGCACAGCAUGAUCAACAUCAUCUACAGGCUGGAUUUCAACGGCUUCUACACAGAGCGCCUUUCGCGGAUGGCCAUCGAGAGGAGCCAGAAAGCGGCGGCGUAGAGUUUGUGUGUCCUAAUGCGAUGUUUUUGACAAGAAGUACUUAAAGCGUCCGCCUCCACGCCCUCCACCGCCCUGUUCAUCAAGGCUACAAUAGCAAUCAGAGUUCACAUAAACAUGGCAACCGUUGCAUCCCCUUUUUACAGACUGUUGUUUCAGUGUUGUUGUAUAGAAUGUAUUGGAAGGAAAUGUCCUGUUAUUAAAUAUGUAAAGGACCAGGAAUAUUAAAGGAUAUCUGCUUUACUUUCUGAAAAUGUAACAUAUGACACUCCUUAUGGGUAAUUUAUUGUACCUACCAGAAAAACAAAAUAAAAAUAAGAUU